UCAAAAGGGGAGGCUCCGCCCACUCUCUGUUAGGUCGGUUUAGUUUCUUCGAUCGAGAGUCGUUCUGCUGUAAAUAAAGCUUCUGAAGAUGGGCGCAUCUAAUGACAAACCUCUGAAAUGUCCUCUGUGUUAUGAGGAGUGUCGGGAGCAGGUGACGCUGGCAUGCGCUCACAGCUUCUGUCGCGCUUGUAUCAGAGAGCUGUGGAGCGGAUCUCAGACAGGACCUUAUUACUGCCCCGAGUGUAGAUACGAGUACCAGCAUCUGCCAGACUACACGGACGGAGCGUCAACAUCUACAGACGCAUCAAACACACAUUGGCCAUUCGGAAAGAAGCUGUACGACCUGCACUCAAAGAAAUGGCACGGGAAGAGGAAGUUCAGUUCAGCAUUCCACAGUGCAACAUCUCAUAACUCCAUCAGUCACUAUGACUCAGAUGAAGACUCAUCAACACCGCAGAAAAGAAAGGCCGCAGCAGACGAAUGCUCUUCUGGAAGCCAGUCUCCAUCAGUGUUUGGGGGGACCACCUCUACGCAUGACACAUCCUCACAACGCACACCUCCAGAAACAGAUGAGAUCACACCUCCUCAACUAGAAUCACCUCCUGAGAGGAACACAAGUUCCCCUCAGCAAGACCAGCAUGCUGCGGCUUCCUGCAGUGACACAGGCUCACCCAGGACACGCAACACACCUCAGGGAGAAAAAAACCCAUUACCAGCAGUCAGUGCCACCUCUCAUACACCUGGAAAGCAGAAAGAGCCCCUCAGGAUCUCUGCAACAUCAUCAGACAGGCUUUCCAGGAGCAGUUCUGUGCCUUGUCAUUACUGUCCCAGUUCAGAGCAGAAGGUGGCGGUAAAGACCUGCCUUGUUUGUGGGGCCUCCAUGUGCUCCGAGCACCUGCGGGCACACCUGGAGAAGCCGGUGUUCCAGAGCCACCCGCUGGUGAACGCUGUGGAAGAUGUGUCUCUCUGGAGAUGCCAAGAGCACCAGGAGAUGAACCGGAUCUACUGUCGAUCAUGUGCAGUGUCUGUCUGUACUGUGUGUUCCCUGGUCGGGUCGCACAAGGGGCACGAGUGCAUCAGCAUCCGCGAGGCAGAGCAGGAGCUCAGGGGCUCACUGAAGGAUGAGAUGCACAAAAUACAAAACACCGAAAAGUCCAUUCAGGAAAAACUCUCGGAGCUCAGUGAGAAAAAACGUGGUGUCCAGGCAGGGCUGGAGGACGUGCGGGCGGCCGUAUUGCAGCAGUAUCAGGCCAUGCAGGUGGCUCUGGAGCAAGAGCAGGAGCAGGCAUUACUCUGUGUGACCCAGGAAGAGGACCGAGUGCUGGGAAGCAUUGAACAGCAGCUGGACACAUUACAGGGUGCUUUGAUAUCUAGCCAGAGCAUAUUAAACACCCUUCAGGGAAUGACCAGUGCUGAAGGGGCAUCACAGUACCAGGACCAGGCCUUCAUCAUGGAAUACAGCAAGAUGGCAGGACAACUGACUGAAUUGUCUGACCCUGUGCAAAAUCUUGACUCUCCUGAAGAGAUGAACCAUAAUCGACUGGACUGUCUCAAUGACUGGACUGAAAGGAGACUGGAGACUGUGCUCAUAUCACUGCCUCAUCGAGACCCUUUCAGACUGCUGUAUGGGAUAAGCCCCACUCUGGAUCCUGAUACUGUCCAUCCAAAGCUGCUGCUGUCGGAUGAGAACAGGACGGUGCAGUACAGCGAGACCCAGCAGGACUACCCCGAGCAGGAGUCACGCUUCAACAUUUUCCCUCAGGUGCUGGGCUCUCGUGCCAUAGACGGAGGCCGCUGCUACUGGGAAGUGGAGGUCCCUCUAGAUGAGGGCCGCUGGAAGGUGGGGGUCUGUGAUGGACAGAUAGGCAGAAAGGGGCAAAAGGACAUCUGCCGUAUUGGCUUCUACCCCAAUUCUUGGUGUUUAAUUUAUGAGAAGGGAAAGGUGGAAGCCCUACAUGAUAAGGUGGCAUCACCUGUGUGUUCCACUGAGCUCUGGAAGAUUGGGGUGCUGCUGAAUUUUGAUGAGGGUCGCUUGUCUUUCUAUAGCGUGGCCAGGGAGGGAUCUCUUUCUUUGCUCUACAGUUUUGAGCAUACGUUCACCGAGCCACUAUAUCCGGCGCUGGCGGUUUCUAAAACUCAGAUCAUCAUCUUUUGUGAUAUAUUUACCAAGACCACUGACUGGAUAUUAAUACUCCCACUCCUGUUCCUUCUUCCUCCCACACGUCUCAGUGCUUUAUGUAUUGAAAGAGAGCCUGGGGUUUCGGCUAGCAAGCCCAGCGCCCCUGCUGUUGUGUGCAGCAUCGCCACGGUCGAUGAUUUCCAAAACCUCCAAUCUAUCCAGCGUAUCUCAUUAGAGCUGACAACCCUGCUCGCUGAAACCACCUGCUAA